GGCAACUCCGGGCUUCCAUCUUUGAUUGUGAGACAGGCCGCGGCGCGAGCGGGGCCUCACUCAACUAGAAACACGGUCUGGCGCGAGUUCACGGGCGGGGACAGACACGGAAACACGGGACGACUCAGGACCGGUUUCUCGCAGUGACGGCCGAACACACGAGGACGCAGCGCCGGCUCUAGACGGCGCAGGAGCCACGAGACCGGAGCCGUGCAUGUGGAGAGCGGUUUGCUGGCAGCCGACGAGCUAAGUAGCUAACCAUCGUUUAGCCCGAACUGGGUUAGCGGGCUAGCCAGCUUUUGUAAUCCGCCGGCGAGACACACUUUUCCUCCACCGCAAACCAGGCCGACACCGGGUUUCCAGUGGAGCGGCGCAGGAACCGAACAGGACAAAGGAGGCACCGGCGGCGGCAGGAGGCUGGUUCUGGUGGCGAGGCCAAAGGACCAGACUCAAUGAGUUUCCAGCGAAAUGUCCGAGAAGUCAGGGCAGAGCACCAAGGCAAAGGAUGGCAAAACAAAGUAUGCAACCCUUAGCCUCUUCAAUACCUACAAGGGCAAAUCUCUGGAAACCCAGAAGACUGCAGUGGCUGCCAGACAUGGGCUCCAGAGUUUGGGCAAAGUGGCUGCCAGUCGGCGCAUGCCCCCUCCAGCCAACCUGCCCAGCCUGAAGGCAGAGAACAAGGGAAACGACCCCAACGUCAAUAUUGUCCCCAAAGACGGUAGUGGCUGGGCAUCCCGCAACGAGGCAGAGGGGGAAAGGCAACAGGAUACGCCCCCACCACAGAUCAAACCAGCAGUGGUCCCACCACCGGAGCUGCCUGUUGCGGGCAGCCGAUCCUGGGCCAACAGCAAGCAGACACAGCUUGACGGAGCUCCUCGUGUGAGCAGCCAGUUUCACCAGGAGUUUCCCAGCUUGCAAGCAGCUGGUGAGGCGGAGAAAGGGGACAGUCAAGAGGAGGAGCCUUAUGGACCUGGCCCCAGCCUCAGACCUCAAAAUGUUGGCAGUUGGAGGGAGGGCGGAGGCAGGAAUUUGAUCACUGCUCCCAGCCCUCCUGAGAUGGAUAACAGGGUUCCAGAGGAGGGAAGUACGAGCCUUGGUACCACCACACCACCUGUAGAAGCUGACGACCCUGGCCGAAACGUAACCGCUGACAGUCAGGGGGAGAAGAAGGAUGGUAGGGAGAGGCUUCCCCCCACUGGGCCUCCUCAGCCUAAACUUAAUGGGGGACAGCAACCUCCUGCUGGGGUGCCAACUCACUUUGAUCCUGCUUUCAGGAGCAUGAUGCCACCCUAUAUGUUCCACGCUUAUCCUCAAAUGUCUGUAAGCACCGGGCAAGCAAACGUCAGAUACCCUGUACCACAAGAUGGAGCAAAAGGUUCCCGUUCAGCACGACCCCAGCAGGCCCCGCCUCAGGCCUGGCACCUGGACCCAGACAGGCCCUCAAUCAUCAGUGCAUCAGAACUGAAGGAGCUGGACAUCUUGGACACUGACACAGAUGAGGGCUGGGCAGGAGCUCAGAUGGAGGUGGACUACACAGAGAAACUAAACUUCAGUGAUGAUGAGGAAAACCAAGCUGCUAAAGAAAAAGGAGAAAACUGGGAUUGGAUGGGGAAAGUUGAACGUAUAAGACCUCGGCCAAAAGAAGGUCAUGAGGGGUCUGAAGACCGUGGGGGCAACAAGACCUCACGGGCAGACAAUGUAGAUCCAAGAGCACCAUCACCUGGCAGUAUGGGGCAGUACAGUAAAUUAACUGCUUCACAAGACUACCAGGGUGGGAGUCGUUCUGUUAGUGGAGCAGCUCCACGGGGGAACAAGCCACAGACUGCAUCAGCACCUGGUGCCGAUGAGGACUCUGAGGCCUGGAGACAGAAGCGCAAGAAGCCUUCAGAAGUUUCUGAAGCUGUAGAACGAGCAAGGCGGAGGAGAGAUGAAGAGGAGCGACGGAUGGACGAACAGAGGCUUGCGGCCUGUGCAGAAAAACUUAAACGUCUCAAUGAAAAACACCGCCAAGCAACUGAGGGCAAAUCCUCCCCUGCUCAGUCCACCACCGAUGAGGCAGGAGCUGCCCCUGAGAUUGCCCCCUUAUCCGCUCCUGCUCCCGCUCCCGCUCCCGUUCCUGCUCCUGCUCCCGCUCCGCUCUGCUCCGCUCCUGCUCCUGCUCCCGCUCCUGCUCCUGAAUCCAGUCCUGUACCUAUGGUCCCAGUUUCACAAUCGCAAGAACCAAUGCAAGAACCAAUGCAAGCUCCUCUCCAAGAGCAGGUGGAUCAAGACAGGGAGAGGAUAGAGCCAGAAUGUGAGAGAGUUGAACCAAGUGCAGAGGAGGAGGUUCACUUGCCUCCUCAGCCCAGCCCCCCCGUCCAGAGCCCUGUGGUCGUUGCUCCAGAACCUGAGAGCGAGGGAGAGAGCUCUUUGGCUGAGGUCGGCCCCCUAAUGGAGGAAAACCAGGCUGACAGGACAACAGUGCCUAUCCAAGACUAUUUCAACAUAGAGGAGAACAGAGUGGAUGAGCCCCACCUGUCUCUGCCUCACAUGGACACACCAAGUGGUGAGGAUGUCCCCGUGGCACCCCCACAGCUGGAAGGAGAAGCAGCUGCUGCUAUGCGUCCAUCUCUCACCUCAGGCUAUUCCAAACAGUUUCAAAAAUCUUUGCCACCUCGUUUCCUCAGACAGCAGGAGCAGAUGAAGCAGCAACAAUGGCAGCAACAGCAGAGUGGGGGCUCUGUGUCCCCAUCAGGUGGUGGCGCUGUUCCAACUACGCAGCAGCAGCAACAACAGCAACACCGCUCCAUGUAUCAACCUAUGGGCCCCCACCACCAGCACCUGGCCUCCAUGGGCUUUGACCCCCGCUGGCUAAUGAUGCAGUCCUACAUGGACCCUCGCAUUAUGUCAGGACGUCCUCCAAUGGACAUACCAACUAAUAUUCACCCUGGGCGGAUGCCUCCAAAGCAGAUUGUGCGCAGAGAGCCUGGUGACAACUCCAGCUCCAGCUCAGACUCAUUUGACCACUUGACCCGGCCAAUUCGUGACCAUGGCCUUCCCUCAGACUCACGGAUGGUAUGGGGAUCAGACCCAUACCCACAAUCAGAGCCUUUACCUUCUGUAACUCCUCCAAAAGGACACAAUGAUACCAAGGAGCAGAGAAUCGACUCUAGUCUGGAUCUGGAUAGAGUUCUCCCAGCUAUAUACCCCCAGGAUCAUAGUGCAUUGGACUCUCGUAAGAGUAACUUCUUCCGGGACCCUACAGAGUCCCUGUCAACAUUUACCCAGGGCCCAGAGGACUUAUCUGGGCCUCUAGACCUCCCUGUAGUCUCAGCUUUUGAUUCUGAAGAACCAGGCCUACCGAGUGGGGAAGAAGUAGAGGCUCUUGGUCAAGCUAUGCUCCAAAGGAGCGUCUCCCAGGGCUCCAGUCACUCCCUCAAGCUUGAUGAGCCCAGGUUCGAUGGGCUACCCCUGGGAACAAAGUCCCUAGAGCCACAGGACACAGGGGAAAGGGCUGAAGAUAAGCCCCAAAAUGAACUCUACUCCCAGGCUACAGUGACGAACAACAGGGCUACACCUCCUGCUGAUGGAUUACACAAACAAGAGAAGCUGCCUCUGCCAGUCCCCAGCAAGCAGAAAACUGAGCUGCGCUGGGGCGGGAGAUCAGGGGCUGGACGCAGAGAAGGACCAGGUGGGGAGAGACCAAUCCGCAGGUCUGGGCCAAUAAAGAAACCUGUCCUAAGGGACAUGAAAGAAGAGAGGGAGCAGAGAGAAGAGAGAGAGAAGCGUCACGAGAGAGGGGAGAGAGGAGAAAGAGGGGAGAGAGGAGAAAGAGGAGAAAGAUCCAAAAAAGAUCAGCCAUCCAAAGUUCCUACUGCAGCUGCUGUUUUGUCUGAGGGCUCCAGACCUCAGAGUGAAGGGAAGAGGGAAUCUACAGAGCUUGAGGAAACAUCGACUGGCCAUCAGAGAGUUAGAGACUCUCAGCCUUCAUCCGGGCCUCCUACUUCUUCUUCUCAGGAAGAGAAAGCAGACAAACCACCCAGCAAUGACAAACAUCCAGAACCCAAACUGCCUUCCAGAAAAGAGUCCAAUCUUCCUCCGCGUGCCUACCGACGGGAGGACAGAGAGAGAGAACGGGACAGGGAUAGGGACAGGGACAGGGAUAGGGACAUGGACAUGGACAAGGACAGAGAUAGAGAGUGGCCUGCUGACUCAAGUUUCAAAGGACGUGGCAGAGGGGAGUAUUACGCUAGAGGACGCAGCUACCGAGGUACUUACAGUGGUCGCAGCAGGGGGGGUCGCGGCAGGAGUCGAGCAGAGUACCCUUACAGAGAGCCCCGAUCACGCUCUGAUUUACCUGCAGUGGGAGGUGCUGCUGCCUUUCGCAAUAGGGAAGAAAGCGAAACUCGCAGUGAAAGCUCAGACUUUGAGGUUAUUCCAAAACGCAGACGACGACGGGGUUCAGAUACAGAUUCUGAAAGUGAAGGUGGGAGGGAGUCUGCUAGUGAUACUGGACCCUCUGACCGCGAACCUAGCACCAAACCUAGCCGUCCACUGAGACGAGAACUCCCUGGCGAGGUCCGACCUGGGCCCCACAAGCCGGGCUUUGGACCUCCUCACAUAGGAGAAAAGGCUGGAUUCAGAGUGGAUGAUGAAAAUAGGCCCAAGCCAGGAUUCCUUCCUAAAGGAGAACCUUCUCGGCGAGGGAGAGGUGGAUUAUACAGUAGAAGAGGUGUUGCAAGGGAACGUGGUGGCCCUCGCUCUGCCCCUCUUAGACGGCCAAUGCCCAGAGAGUCCUCUUCUCAGUGGCCCUCUAGACCCAUGGAGACAUUUAGGCCUGAGGAAAUGGAGUCGGCCCAAAGAUAUGACAAUCAUCCCACUGACCGACGGCCACCUAAGUCUGAGGGCAAGAAAUUUGUGGACGGACCACAGAGUAGCAGAGAGAGGCCUCGUAGAUCCCGACCAGCACGCCCCCCCAGGCAAGAUAAACCCCCCCGCUUCAGACGCUUGAAGGAGCGGGAGGCGGCCGUGUUGGGUAGUGGAGAAACAGCCUCAAGUCCACCUGCCCAUUUACCCUCAGUGCCUGCUACUUCUGCCAGGUCUGCCCCAAUAUCCCUUUCCCCAACCCUGUCUAGAGCUCCAGGAACCCCUGUUACUGUGCCUGCAGAAGCAGCAGCAACUAUGCCUGCACCCGACCUGCCCUCUACUAUAGAAGCAUCCUUACCUGAGACCAGCAGCCCCACAAUCGCUGCGGUCGGUACCAAGUCCCCUGAUCUGUCCAACCAGAACUCUUCAGAUCAAGCCAAUGAGGAAUGGGAGACUGCUUCUGAAAGCAGCGACUUCAACGAAAGGAGAGAGCGAGAAGAGAGGAAAGGAGCAGUGGAGGCCACUAAUGAAGCCACCACUGCCUCUGCUGUGGCACCCACACUUCCUCAGGGCUCUUUGACCCCCAAUAAAAGCCCACCUGAAGGAGGGGUGACUCCAAAACGUGAAGGUGCUCCUGCAGCCAAGAGGAGUUUCUCCAGUCAGAGGCCGGCGGAGAGACAGAAUCGUAGAGGCAACAGUGGAGCCAAACCAGUCCGGGGCUACACUGGGGGCAAAGGGGAGAGAAGGGGAGGGGCCAAAGCAGGGCGCAAAGGCCCUGUAGGCCACCAGAACUCAGAGGCAGCAGCAUCAACAGCUGGAGGAGCAGCGCAAAGACCUUCGAAAGAGCAGUCUGCCCGUCGCAAAGAUGAGACCAAACAGGUCUCCAAGAAGCCCAAGGAGAAUGCGCUUUCUCAGUUUGAUCUCAACAAUUAUGCCAGUGUUGUGAUCAUUGAUGACCACCCAGAGGUCACCACCACAGAGGACCCACAGUCCAGCACCAAUGAUGACGGCUUCACAGAGGUCGUCUCCCGCAAGCAACAAAAACGCCUUCAGGAUGAGGAGAAACGGAAAAAGGAAGAGCAGACACCUCAGAACUGGGGUAAAAAGGGCUCCGGUGAGAAGAGCAGAGGGGGAGGAGGAAAGCUGCCACCAAGAUUUGCUAAAAAACAGUCAUCGCAACAACAGCAGCAGCAUCAUCAACAUCAACAUCAACAACAGGCCUCACAGCCUCAGCCUGCUGCAGCCUCUAUUCCCCAGGCCCAACAGCAGCCUACCAUUGCUGCCCCCCAGCAUCCUCACCUGCCCCCUACCCAGCCUGCUGCAUCCCCUCAGACUCUGGAAGGAACGGUGGCUCCUCUGCCCACUAUCCCCCCUGCUGCUGUGGACUUCACCUCAAAAAACCUCCCCCCCGCACCCACCCAGACGCACAGCACUCUGGGUACAGAACUGUGGGAGAACAAGGUUGCGGGCUCCACUGUCCUUCUUGAUGUGAAGAAGCUUGGUCCAAUCAGCCCUCCUCAGCCGCCUUCUGUGAGUGCCUGGAACAAACCUCUCACCUCCUUUACUGGCACUGUCUCCUCUGAGGGUGUGAAGCCAGGAGCUGAGGGCAGUGUAGAGUUGGCAAUCGACAGUAUUCAGUUUGGAGCACCAUCAUCUGCAGGCAGCACAGACAGUGAUGGAGUUCCAGCGUUGAUAGAGAUGGGCUCUGAAAACAAACUACCUGCUCCCAAAGAACAGAGACAGAAACAACCUCGAGCUGGCCCAAUCAAAACACAGAAGCUUCCUGAAAUGGAACCAGUGGAAACCAAGGAAUAUAAGCCAGGUCCCAUUGGUAAAGAGCGUUCUCUUAAGAACCGCAAGGCCAAAGACGCACGUGGAGUAGAAGGCGAAGGCAUGGAGGGAGGAGUUCCUGGAGGAGGCGUCAGCAGAGCCACAGAACCCAGUCCUCCCACCAGUGACACUGCCGUACCAGAGCUGGGAGGAGACAUUGAGGGCAUGAUUACAGUCCCCUCAGCAGAGUUCAUCAGUAACUCAAAGGAAUCUGUCACUGACUACACCGCCCCCUCCUCCUCACUGGCUGACAGUGUUCCUACAGGAGUCAACAAAAUAGAAGAAAGUUUGGUGGCAAAUGUGGCACUGCCUCAUUCGUUGCCCAUUCCUAGGCGAGAGACCCUGCAGCAGAGCUCCAGCCUCAGCACUGUCUCCCCUGCUACUGUUGACCUAACACUAAAGAUGGAAUCUGCUCGUAAAGCUUGGGAAAACUCCCCGAGUCUGGAGAAGAAUUCUCCGGUCACCUCCUCUUCAUCCCCCAUCACGUCAUGUGCAUCUUCAUACUCUUCCUUCUCCUCGGCCUCCAUGCCACAGAUCCCUGUGGCUUCUGUUACUCCCAGCACUUCACUGUCAGGAUCUGGCACCUAUACAACAUCAUCGCUCAGCACCAAGACCACCACAGCUUCUGACCCCCCAAACAUCUGCAAGGUGAAGCCCCAACAGUUGCAGGGUGGAAGUUUGUGCUCCAGCAGUAGCAGCAGUAGCAGCAGCUUCUCUCAGCUGGGCUGCGUGCCUGCCCUCCUGCCCCAGCAGCAGACCCCACAGGUGUACGUCUCCCAGUCUGCAGCAGGUUCUGCAGCUCAGAUUCCAGCAUUCUACAUGGACACUAGUCACCUAUUCAGCACCCCCCACCCUCGCUUGGCUCCUCCCUCCCUGGCACAGCAGCAAGGCUUCCAGCCUGGACUCUCACAGCCAACAGCAGUGCAGCAGAUUCCCAUCCCCAUCUACGCUCCACUGCAAGGUCAGCCUCAGCACCAACACGGGCACCAACACGGGCACCAACACGGGCACCAACACGGGCACCAACACGCGCACCAACACGGACACCAACACGCGCACCAACACACACACCAGCCCCAGCUAGGACUCGGUGCUGGACCUCCAGUGUCCCAGCCACAAGAUCUGUUCAGCUCCUCGCUGCAGCCUUACAGGUCUCAGCAGGCAUUCAUGCAGAACAGCCUGUCACAGGCCUCCAUGAUGCUGUCAGGACCAUCCCUGCACAGCUACGCCAGCGUGCAAGCACCUGACAUGGGCAAGCCUCAGUCCAACCUAGCCUAUCAGCAGCAGUCAUCCACUCAGCACAUUCCCAUUCUGUUUGAGCCGCAGCUCAACCAGCCCUCUGGCAUGGGAGGCUCCCAGCUCAUUGACACACACCUGCUGCAGGCUCGACAGGGGAUGAAUCAGCAUUCAAACAUGUACUCGGGGCAGGUGCAACAACAUGGCCAGAGUAGCUACUACAGUAACACUCAGUCGCCCAGUUCAGCAAUGCAACAGGUGACAGUGCCUCUGCCUGGUUCCCAAUUGUCUCUGUCGAACUUUGGCUCGGGUGGAGGCCAGCCCCUCCUGGCACUGCCCCCCACGCCGCCUCAGGCCCAGCCCCCCAACAUGAACCGACAGCCUCCAGUCUCCCAGGCGUACCGCAGCAUCAUGGGCCCCAGCCACAACAUGAUGCCGCCACCCACCAGCAAGAUGGAGAUGGAUCUUAAACUCUUUGGCAGUGGGAUGGACGUGAAGCCUGGAACUCCUCCUGGAGCCAGGAGCACAACACCCACCUCCAGUCAUUACAGGGCCAGCUCCACCUCUCCUAGUAGCCAGUCCAGUAAGAUGAACAGCAUAUUGUACCAGAAGCAGUUUCAGCCCAACUCUGCCGGGAUGAGGAUGGCGCAGCAUUUCCCUGGACAGUUCAACCCUCAGAUGCUCUCUCAGCCCAACAUAGUUUCUCCUCUGGUUCGACCUCCUCACGCUAACUCAUUUGCUGGGGGUGUUCAGCGUUCUCCCAUGGGCCCGCCAAUGUCGGCGAAUGUGGGUGGUGGGCUAAUGCCUCAUCCCCGACCCCAGUAUCCACAGCACAGCCAGCAUCUUUCCCGAGGACCCCCUGGUCCCUCGAUUAUACCCAGAGGUGCACAUGCGUCUCUGAAGGCUGAACAGGACCUAAAGGCAAAGCAGCGGGCUGAGGUGCUCCAGUCCACUCAUAAGUUCUUCUCAGAGCAGCAGCAGCUUAAGGCACCACAAGUCAGCAACGCUUCUCGACUUGAUCAGGGAGGAAAACCCUCCCUCGACACCUCUGCCCAAAACCACCAGGCAGGAGGCGAACGCCCAGAUUCUGACAAACCCCCCAUCUCUACGGCCAAGCCCAUACGGACUGGCCCCAUAAAACCGCAGGCCAUCAAACCAGAAGAGGGCAAGUAAAGAGCUCCCGACCGUCUUCGGGUGACAAUACAAAUGGAUGGAAGAGCGGAGGAGAGAGAAUCUAGCCCCAUUCACUCAGUCACCACCUCAUAUCUGCCAUGGGGGACAAUUUGGGGGAGGAGGAUGAGUUCGGUAGAGAUCCAAACGGUAGUGGUUACUGAGAGUAGGCACUGUCCUGCGUAUAUAUAAAUAUAUAUAUUCCUCUUCUUUCUCCCCCUGUCUUGUCCCACUGUAGGUUGGGGCAUUUGAGUUGGAUUCUUCCAUCAUGGUUAGAUGCCGACGAAAUGGCCGCACAAGUUGUUCAACAGAAAUCUACUGUGACGGUAGAUAAGAGGAGAGUUGGAGAGAGAAAAUUUGAGAUGAGAUUUGCUGCUGAGUUUGCCAUUUUUAUAGCUCUCGAUUUCUGUACCUAUUUUAUUUUCCCAAAUAGUAUCGUGCAUAUUAUAGGAGAGACCUGUUUCGUUAACGAAAGAAUGAAUCCGAGAUGUUUUUGUAGUCCAAACAAUCUUCAGUGUAUGUAGUGAAGCACACUUUUUGUUGCCCAAUCACCCAUCGUAACCAAUCCAGAGAUUUGUGCUCAUGCACACACUCCCUCAACGGUUUCACCCACAGUCACCGCACAGAGACGUGAAAUAAGAAAUUAUGUUGUCAUUUAAUUUUUCGUUUUAUCAGAAUGGUAAUGUGAAAAUUGCAGCAUUUGAUUGACUUAAAGGAUUGAUUUAUUGAUUAGUCUGCCUGUGAGCCUUUGCUCUCCUGCCUUCUGCUCUCAUCUUCUUGCCUGAGAAUCACUGACGUGUUGGCGUGUGUGUCGGGUUCUAGUAGAAACAGGAGGGAGCUCGUAUCUGGACUCCUGUAUAUUUAGCCAAAGGUUGAAGCAGCGCAGAGAUGUCACAGCCUUUUGGAUUGCUGUUGCCUUGGCAGCAGGGUUUUGAGUGGACUUACAGGAUUACAUGGAUGAUGUAUGAUCACUACAUGCAGCUGUUCCAGUUUAGGGGCUACUGUCACACAACCUUUCACUGCUUUAACACCAUCCUCGCUGUCACACACAAACACACACACUUCACUGUAAAGCACCCAGAUCUGCUGCUAUUGACUGAAUUCAGUGUCCUUAGCUAGAAUAAAGCAGGAUAGGGCUAUUUAGAAGUUAUAGAAGUGGCGAAGAGUUGAUUGUUAAAACAAUAGAGAACUUUUCAGUGCGAGUGUGUGCGCUGUGUCACCCCC